AUGCUGUUUCCCGCGACAGAGCCACAAAUUGGGCAUCCAAAUCCCAAAGCAGAAGCCCUUGCGCUUCAGAGCUCGCCUCAGUUUGCCCAAAGGAAUAAGAACAUAAGAACUGCACCGAGUUACCUCGAAAGCUCUAAAGCCAUGGACCAGGAGAAAGAGUCUGCACAGACGAAGCCAUCAUCAUCUCCCACCGACGAGCAAGCCCUAGAAGAGCCGCGCAAUGGCAUGGAAGAGAUGGCGGCUUCCACUGGAAAAGCGACGCUUCCCUCCAAAGAUUCAGCUCACGAUGAAGACGAUACAGAGCAGAAACAAAAAUGUGUUGAUUCUAAGGACGCCACUGCCCUUACAGAGGAUAUUCUGAAUCAGAUUGAACCCCUUCCAACGCCCUCCCAGAACCGCAAUUCUCAGCCAGGAGCUUACAGCGUUGGCGAGCCAGCACGCCUACGAGGUGUUCAAGCUGUGCCAAUUAGAAACAGUCAACAGACGGAAGAGGGCCCUGUUACCACCGACAAUAUCAUCCUGGGAGCAACUGUAGUUGAUGACGGAGAAGAGGCUGAUAUGAUGGAAGUGGGGCACAUGACAAUCAAUUGCCAAACAACCAGCCCCGAAGAAGUUGUAGUGGACGCCAAGAUCCUGGGUGAAUCCAACAACGAGCAACCGGUCAGGAGGAUAUGUAUGAUUCUGAUCGUUUCCUUGAUAUUUGCAUUGGCUACACUUUGUGCAAUUCUACUGGGAGUGACCUCCUCCUCCUCGUCAUCAUCCAACCCCGAUGACAUCGAUGAUGGCAGCCUCAGCUCACCCGUCCUAGAAACCACCAUGGAUACACUCUACCCACCUUUUCAGAAUGAUCUACCCACCUCUACUCUCAAGGCUAUUCAAGAUGUCGACAGUCCCCUAUACCAGGCAAAUAAGUGGAUGCUACAAGACCCAAACCUCAAGAACUACUCUCGGGAGCGCCAGAGACAGAGAUUCUACAUGGCUAUGCUCUACUAUGCCACCAAUGGAGAUUCUUGGCUCCAACAGGAUGGCUGGAUGAGCUACAAAGUCUCAGAAUGUCAAUGGUUCACCUCCAGCAGUUACUCCACAGAUUCUCCUUACUACUGGGAUCAUGUUUGCAAUGAAAAUCAGACUGUUGUUUCGUUGAGUUUGGCCAAGAACAACGUUACAGGAAGCCUCCCCAUCUUCCCCACGGUUUUCCUUCCAUAUCUCCAAGUGUUUGAUGUGGUAGAUAAUCAUAUUGCUGCUGCUGCGCCUCCGUUCAUCUCCAGUCCCGACCUGCAAGUCCUUGCAAUUUCACACAAUGAGUUCUCUGGCAGUCUCAGAGCCAAUGGAGGAUUCGACUUUCCCAAACUUCAAGUUGUCCAGUCCAAUGGCAACCAACUCCAGAGUGGAGUACCCAACCGCAUGGCUUACAUGUUGGAACAUUUGCAGCAUUCACUGGAAAUUGUCAAUUCAACGGACAAUCUCUUUUCAGGUGCAAUCCCUCCUUCCUUGGGGCUCUGUACCAAGCUCACCUACUUUUCUCGUGGCAAUUUAAUGAAGGGAACCAUCCCAAGUGAGAUUGGGCUCCUGGCAGAAAAACUGCAACAUUUUGAUGUGUCCAAGAAUGUGGAAAUCCAUGGCACACUCCCUGUAGAGUUGGGGGCGUUGACAGCUUUGACCCGGCUUGAUAUUGCAGGAACUUCCAUUACUGGGGCCAUCCCUGAGGCUUUGUGCAACCAAGCCAUGCUAGGAAUCCUGCAUAUUGCUGCCAAUUGCAGUUUAGUUGAGUGUUGCCAAUGA